AUGGCCCCGUACGGCACUAAUCAACCGACCUCCGGGGCCUCCGACUCGAGUCCUGCAGCCUCAAUUAACAACGCCGCGCAAGGUUCUGCGCAACAAACUCCUGGGCAGUCGGCUGGGAACGCAAACCAAGGCCCCCAGCACAAACGUGUUUACCAAGCUUGCAUUCCCUGCCGUCGGCGCAAAGUGCGAUGCGAUCUUGGCAGUGUCGAUAACCCCCACGACCCUCCUUGUGUGCGCUGUCGCCGAGAGAGUAAAGAAUGCUUCUUCAGUGCCACUCGUCGCAAGCGCAAGACGGAUGAUGAUGGCAGCGACCAGGAUGAGUAUAUCAUCAGGAAUGGCCGCAAAAGGGUUAAUGCCAACGACAGCCCUCCGCCGCUCAUCGAACGCAGAUCUUACAGCAGUGCACCCUUGACUCCUGGAGGCUCGCAUGGCCAAGCCCAACCGUUACGCCGUCCUGACGGCAGCAGGAUAGGUCGCGGGAGGAACAGCGAAUGGGGAACUGAAGGUGAUGCCAACCAGACACUGGAAAACAUCGAGGCUCAAACUGUUAUGCGGCGCGGCGUGUUUGGUCCGCAGGAUGCACUGGAUCUACUCUACAAAGCGGCCACAGAUAGUCCUGCCGUUGAACGCGAGCGUAGAGAGAGCACUUCAUCUGCUCGUCCAGCGGCUCCUCGGCCCCCACCUGUGGACACUGGUCCUUACGGUUACGUUCCCAGAUCAACCUCUAGACCGCCCAAAACAGAACAACCUAUCGACCCCGAACUCUCACGACCCGAACUCAGUUCGCAGCCUGGAUAUGCUGAAGCCAUCAAGGCAUGGCAGCGUUUCCGAUUCGUCCGCGCCGGUUGGUUCACAGCCCUCGAGGCUAUCGAGUAUAUUGACUAUUACUACAAAUAUCUGUCUCCCUUAACGCCCAUAUCACCGCCGACAUUCAGCAACCCCUCAUCGCAUGUAACAUUGCUCUACGAGGAGCCUAUUCUGACUGUCACCCUUCUGACGAUUGCCUCGCGAUAUCGUCAAAUGCCUGGUACUGGCGGCCAUUGCCGAUCCCAUGCAAUUCAUGAGCAACUAUGGAUGUAUCUGCGUGGCAUGAUCGAGCGAUGCUUAUGGGGACAAGAAGCCUUUGGUGGGGGAUUUUGUGUUCCGCCCAGCACCAGUGCCAUUUUUGACGAGUCUCAAACAAGUAGCACAGCGCCCUGGCGGGGGUUGCGCAAGGGCAGUCUGCGGACUCUUGGAACUAUCGAGUCGUUAAUGAUUCUAACCGAAUGGCACCCUCGUGCGUUGCACUUCCCACCUACCGAAGCAACCGACGAAUUAGUGCUGCCUAUGGAAGCCGCCUUCCAGGCCAUCACCGCUGCUGAUGAGGAUCCGAGUAAAACUUUAGGUCCUGGUUUUGGUGGCAAGAGGAUCGAGAGUUGGCUCGAGCCGGCAUGGAGAAGUGAUCGCAUGUGCUGGAUGCUGCUCAGCACUGCGAACGGCCUCGCCUACGAAUUGGGUGUCUUUGAUGAUAUUGAUGAGUUGCUUCGAGACGAUGCUAUCACUCGACCUGAAUAUCAGGAGGAAUCAUAUCGUCAAAGAGCUUUCCGAAUCAAGCGGUUGUUGCUCAUCUAUACCACUCAGCUGGCUGGUCGUCUCGGUUGGACCAACAUGGCUCCAGCUCACCUCAGGAGAAGCGAUCCUGCCCUUGCUCGAUUCCGACCCAACACAGGUGAUGGGACUACCCCAGGCACGAAUCCUUCUUCAGUUGGCAAUAAUUUCAACUAUGUGCCUGACCUGGAACUGGAUGAUCAAAUCAUUCAUUGCUGGGCUGGUAUCAGCAACGCUAUGGAAAUGGGUAAUGAAAAAAUAUUCCGUUCCCGAAAGCAUACAACACAAAUCAUUCAAAACGGCAAGUAUAUCAGCAUUCUGAAAGAGUUCGAGCCUAUUUUGCGCGACUGGUGGAGGGAAUUUGAACUGUUCCGACUUCCUGAGUUCAUUCGGCAUAUCCUGACGAUCGAGUAUCAAUACGUGCGCAUCUAUAUCAACUCACUUUCGCUGCAAGCAGUCGUCGAGCGAUGUACCAACCAGGCCCAAGCUGGAGCAACUGCCCACUCUGGGCAUCACGGAGCAGCAGCUGUCAAUGGGGGACACCCGCAAUUGUCACCCCAGACGAUGAUAAAUUAUGGGAAGCUUCCCCUUGGUCAACUCGGAGGCUUCACUGCGCACGACCAGGAAUACAUCCGCGAAGUGGUUGAAGGAAGUCGGAACCUGCUCCGUACAGUAGUCGAAGGUCUGUUACCAGGCGAUUACUUGAAGCAUGCUCCUGUACGAACAUAUUUCCGUAUUAUUAGCGGUGCUAUGUUCUUACUCAAGACCUUUGCGCUUGGUGCUCCGCGAUCAGACGUGAGGAUGAGUAUUGAGUUGAUGGAUGCAACCGUCGAAGCGCUUCGAAACUGCGUUGUAGAUGACGUCCACCUGGGAAUCCGUUUUGCAGAUCUUCUCGAGUCUCUCACGAGCCGCCUCCGCAACCGUUUCAUCCAGGCACCCACUAUGCAGCAAGCUUCAGGCCGAGGACAAAGCCCCGCCCCAGAUGGGCAGGUGCAUAACGGUGAAAACCUUGUUCCAAGCGGAGAAGACCAUCCCAACUGGGUUGGAGGCCACGCUCAGAGACUUAGGGAUGGUCUUAACGGCAAUGCCCCAGCUCAAGCUGCUACCCAUGAGGCCAACAACAUCUCAGCGACACCGUUCGAUCUUUCAGCACAAAACUUCCCUUAUCCUGGCCAGGGUCCUCUGGGUCCAUCAACACCCACAGUUGUAGAUAACGCUGUGGCCAAUAUGGAUGUCAGCCUGUUCGAAGACUGGAACCACCAAGGCAACGAGAUGUGGUACCUGCCUCCCGGACCGGCUUUCUUCCAGAACGUCGAGAACCCCUCCGUUGCUAUGGGUCCUGAAGGUGUCAAUGUCGGUGGUCUGGAUCUCCUCGAAUACAUGGCAAUGGAUCCUUCUCAGUUCCCCGGAUUAGAUCCCUCUUCUGGCCCUCCCACGAGCCACGCUUAA